AAAACAUUUUGCAUUUAAGGCAAGUGAUUCGUGACAGUGACUUGUGAAUGAACCUUAGGACCUUUAGGACCCAGCACGAAAGGUGGCAGAAAGCAUUGCGUGACGUUUUGAAGAUGGGUUUGGUUUGAACAAACGAAUAAUAGAGUUAAAGAUGAAGCUUGUCGUAUUGGGUGGCACUGGUCAGACGGGGCAGCACCUAGUAAACCAGGCACUGCAACAAGGGCACACCGUUACAGCUGUGGUGAGGAACCCAGGCAAAAUGACAGUAUCACAUGAGAACCUGAAGGUCGUGGAGGGAAAUAUCUUCUCGGAGGACAGCCUGAAGCCACACUUCCAGGGCCAUGAUGCAGUGCUCUCCUGUCUUGGUUUCCCCACAUCAUUUUUCUCUGGAGUCACAGGCUACACCCAGUCAAUGAAUGCCACCCUCAGUGCCAUGAGAGAGGCCAAAAUCAAUCGUGUCAUCACCAUGACUUCCUGGUAUACUGCCCCUGGAUCUUCAGACACUGCUCCAUUUUUCAUCCGUAACAUGCUGAUUCCAAUGAUCCAGAGUGUGCUCACCAACAUGCAUGAAAUGGAGGGCAUUUUGAAGAAGACUGAGGACAUCAACUGGACAGUCGUUCGACCUCCUGGACUCGGGAAUGCACCUGAAACAGACAAAGAGAUUGUGACUCAUGAAGGGUACUCUGUCCCUGAUGUCAGCGGACAGUCUGUUGCCAGGGGUGACGUCGCUCGCUUCAUGCUUUCUCUCCUGGGCAACAAUACUUGGCUGAAGAAGGGUGUCGCCAUGGCCACCAAAUGAACUGUUGAUGUUACUUUGUGUAAUUCAGUGUUCGCUCAAGAACCAGACUGCAAAAUAAAACCAAGACCAAAUCAUUUGAACAUGAACAUGAAGAGAAAUGUCAAUCGUUAACUCAGACUAAGAGCCCUGUUCCUUCAUUAUCCUCACAGAAAAAGCCAUGGAGCCCAUUUAUUCACCUGUCAUAUGUGUUUACAUACUCUAGUUAACAUACUAGUCACUAAAUCACAUCACCUGUGGAACAACCCAAUCUCAGAGACUUAGAUCUUUGCAAGUUGCAAGUUUAGGACUGAAUUCACAUCGGUGCCUUAAUUUUGUAAUUGCAAGUUACAUGUAAAUGUGUAUGUAAUGUGUUGUACUGUGUGCAAUCAUACACUAGACUCUAAUCUAGUCAGUUAGACAGUGCUCAAAUCACCUUUAUAAGUUCAUGAGUGUAUAUGUGAAUAUUAGCAUGUUAUCUGUUUGGCCUGGAAAUAGAAAAUAAUGAGGUCACAACUUUGACAGUACAGUAAUGCCACCGCAAUAUGAAAUAGGCAGCAAAACCAAAUAAUUUUUCUAUGGGAAAGUUUUUUUGUAAAAAAAUUAAAUAGUUCACUUGUGCUACAACAAUAA